CAAUUUUUCAUUCAAAAUUAACAUUUUUGCAGAAAAAAACAGUUUUCAUUGCGAUAUGAAAGGAGAUUUUCAAUUCAAAGCAUCACAAAACGACCUGAGAAAGCAUCGCAAAUAUUGAAUUGACAAAAAAUUGAACAAAAACGGAUAAAAACUGAAAUUAAUCAUAUCAAAAAAAUUUUUAAGUGAAUUUUUGGUAAUCAUUAUCAUGUAAAAAAUAGAAAUAAGAGCACAGAGACAAUUCAUGAGAGAUUGAAAAGACGCAAAAAACGUCGUGAAAAUGAUAAUUAAAGUUAAACAGACAAAAAGUAAACAAACCGUAUGUGUGUAGAAAGUCACAAAAGUGUUGCAAGAAGCAAAGAGAAAAGGAAAUUUCAUUGAGUUGGUCCCGCUGUUUGGCUUUCGAGCUACAUGGGGUCUGUACAAAAUGCCCUAAAUUGCAUCUCGUUCACGCUCGCCGUCACACUUUUCCUACUUUUUUGCACGAUUGGCGCGAGUCAGCAGUCCUGCGAUAAAUCCCGGAAGGUUUUUACUCAGUCAUGGGGCGAAAUUUCCGACUCCGAUGGAGUUACGAAUUACACAAAAGACUCUCAUUGCGAAUGGUUGAUCCGAGCAGCAAAUUCAUCGCAGUUUAUCACGCUAAGCUUUCGCUCAAUCUCUACUGAAUGUGCCUACGACUACAUUUUCGUGUACGAUGGCGACUCGUACGCCAAAUCUACGCUUUUGGGAAGUUUUUCGGGCAAAACGAGCCCCAAACCAAUCGUUGCGGCAUCCGGCAGUAUGCUGAUUUUGCUGUAUAGUGACACAAAUUACGUGCUUGACGGGUUUAAAGCGGAUUUUUCCGUGACAAAUUGCCCGAACAACUGUUCGUCGCACGGCAAAUGCGUGAAUCACAAAUGCAUUUGCAGUAGUAGUUGGCUCGGCGAUGAUUGCAGUAAAAAUGCGUGUCCGCAAAAUUGUCACGCUGAAUUAAAUCAAGGGAAAUGCGUGAAAGAUCAUUGCGAAUGUGCGUCAGGAUACUCCGGGAUGUCGUGUAGCUUGAAAAAAGACGAUCCAAUUAGCAAUGAAUAUCAUUGGUUGGCAGAUUCGAUCGACGGAUUGCAUCCGAGAGCAGCGCAUACAGCGACUUACAUCGAAAAGACUGAUUCUCUGUACGUUUUUGGCGGUUACGACUUGAACAACGUGCUGGAUAACUUGGAAAUUUAUCGUUUUGAGACGAGUCAGUGGGAGAAUGAGCAUGGAUUGCGACUGAAACAAGCGCAUUUCAAAGAUAGGCUUGACACGACGUUGCUAAAAGCAGUAUUAGACAGCCCGGGGGAAAGUCCCUUGUUUCAUUUGAAAGACGGAUCGAUUUUUAAGAAUGUUUUGUUGUCGGUGACGGAAGGAAAUAAGCUGAGAAGUACGAGAUCAGCAGGAAAUAACACGAUAAAUAGCGAAAAUCAACACAAUUAUGAUCGACCAUCGGCGAGGCAUGGGCAUGCAGCGAGCAAUGUUGAAGAUGGCUUCGUAAUUUACGGCGGCAAAACAUCUUCAGGUCAUCUUUCCGACGAACUUUGGCUCUACAACAUCUCCUCGAACAACCGAUGGUCUUUACGAGCUCUAAAUUCUCUCGUCAAACCUCCCGCUCUCGUUCGUCACACACUCACAUACGCCAACGGAUUCCUCUAUCUCUUCGGCGGAAGUACCUCAAGCGGCGAUUUCUCCUCCCGCAUGUUCAAAAUUCGCAUUUCCCGCAACUCCUCAGAGGAACAAUGGCAAGAAGUUAAAUGUCGCGGCGGAAAAUCUCUCGACGUUCGUGUCGUUGCUCAUACAACAGUUUAUUACGAACCACUCAAUUCUUUGAUCGUUUAUGGCGGAAUCACGACCGGAGUUGCAAGAUUCUCGAAAUUAUCGGAUCGGAUGUUUGCGUUUAACCUUGAAACGCAAUUUUGGGCGGAAAUUUUGUAUCCAAGGACUUAUUUGAGGGAUACUUUUGUGCCACGAGAACGAGCUUUUCACACAAGUGUCGUUUCAGGAAAUUAUUUAAUUGUUUUCGGGGGUUAUUCGCAUCGUCAUAACAAGGAGGAAAUUUGUUAUGACAACACAAUUUACUUGUAUCAUCUCGGAUGUCAUACUUGGACAAGUCCUGAGAUUUUGGGGCAAUCCACAAAUCAUUCGCCGAAGGAACAGGGAGUUUUUGCACAUGCUUCAGCGCUGCGAGGGAACACUUUGUUGCUUGUUGGAGGCUAUCAUGGCACGGUAAAUGGCGAUUUGUUGGCUUAUACGAUCCCUCCGAUGAUUUACGAGAGUGCCGAUCCCGAAAGUAAAUGCUCGAAUUAUCACCAACAAAGCGAAUGUCUCUCAAAUAUGGAUUGCGGAUGGUGCAGUGCGGAUAGUACGUGUUACGGACGCACAGUAGGCGCCAAUUGCACGACAAAUUUACAAACAACUCGAUGUCCGGGGAUUUGUCAAAGCCUUGGAGACUGUCAAUCCUGCUUAAUUCUCGGAAAAUCGCAUCAAAACAGGAAAUUCAACUCGGUAGCGCAGAAAUUGGGACUUGACAAGUGCACGUGGUGCGUUCAAAAUGCUCGUUGUCAUCACAAAGACGAGUACGGGAUAUGCGGCGAAGAUACCCCCUCGCAAGAUGUCGGUUGGUGGGGCAAACAAGGCAUCGAAAUCACUUCAGCGGAUCAAUGCACACCCAAAGACAAACGCCCGGGACUCACAUUGUUGCGAUAUUUGUAUCCCGUCGACUUUAACAUGCCCGAUUCGAUUCAAAUUAUCAACGCAACCAUGGUAGACUUCAAUUUGCCCGGCUUAAAUACCAUCACGGAGCAAUUAUUUGACGGAAAUGGCAGCAAAAUUGUCACGCGCCUCUUGGGAUACAUUCGCCCGCCCGAAUCUUGGCGAAAUCUCAGCGAAAAGUUAUGGGUUUGUUCGAGUUAUUCCCAAACCGAACUGAAAAUCGGACUUUUUGAUGCGAAAAACCUAAAAUUGGCGGCAAAUUUGACCUCAGAUCAAACAAGUUGUGUUCAAGCGGAUUGGCCAAUGUUGGAACCAGGCAAGAUUUUUAUCGAUCUUCAAGCGAAACGGUCGAUGAACUCGCAAAAUGUGCCUCACAGCAAGAUUGGGCUGCAACAUAAUCGCACGACAGACAGUUCGAGAGCCUUUACUUUCGAAUAUUUGGAGCCUUUUGCGAACGAAACUUGCGGAUAUUACAAAAGUUGUCUCCCAUGUCUCUCGUCGUCGAGUUGCGGAUGGUGUGAUUUGACCAAAAGUUGCGUUUCAAGAAGUUCGGAGCAAAGUUGUACCUUGGAAGAUGAAUCUCAAUAUUUGACUCUUCAUUCGACAAAGUGCAAAAAUUGUUCGAAUUUCAUCAGUUGCGAAGAUUGUACGACAAACGAUUGCGAAUGGUGGAUUGAAGAUGCCCGAUGUGCGCGGAAAGGUCGAUCGCCGAGAGCAGCAAGAACGUUAAAAGCUUGCCCGGUGCCCUGUUAUCAACGAACGGGAUGUUCGCAAUGCUUGAAUGACGCCGGGAGAUGCGUUUGGUGCAAAUCGACGCAAACUUGCUUCAGUUUCUCGGUUUAUACGAGCGAAUAUCAGUUCGGGAUGUGUCGCGAAUGGUUGGAUCAAGUGUCGUAUAUUGCUCAUGAGAAUUCGUCGCAUGUCGAAGCGAAUGCGGAUAAAUGUGAAAAUUGUGCCGCCACGAAUUGUUCGUCGUGUUUGAAGACGCUGAGUUGUGGUUGGUGCUACGAUAAGGAGAAUCCGAUUGAGGGAAUGUGCUUGACGGGAGAUUUUAAUACGACGUCGACGGAAUGUAGUGUCUUGAUGAAUAAGACAGAUGUUGAAUUUGCCUAUGCGCAAUGCCCGGAUGUCGAUGAGUGUGGAUUAGGAAUUCACGAUUGUCAUCCUGAAGCAGUUUGCAGCAACACUCACGGUUCUUACCAAUGUCAAUGUCGUCAAGGCUUCAUCGGCGACGGAAAGAAAAAUUGCACAAAAACCUGUUUCGAAAAAUGCAUUCACGGCACAUGCUCCGGAGCUCCCGAUUACGUGUGCAAUUGCAAACUCGGUUGGACUGGAAUCGACUGCUCCGUGAAUUGCGGUUGUAACAAUCAUUCGACUUGCGAAACGGGCGUUGGCGUUUGCGAUGAAUGUCAAAACUUCACAGAAGGCGAUUUUUGCGAAAGAUGUCGCAUGGGCAGCUACGGAAAUGCGACGAGCGAAAAGGGAUGCACGGAAUGCGAUUGCAACAUGCACGGAAAUAAAUCUUUAGGCGUUUGCGAUCCAAUUACGGGCGAAUGUUUCUGCCAGGACAACACGGGAGGCAUUCAUUGCGAGGUUUGCAACAGCGAAUAUUACGGCGAUCCGCGUGACGGAGGGCAAUGUUACUUGGAAUGUGCGCCACGAAGCGUUUUGCAUGCCGGACAACAACAAGGAUUGGGUUCGUAUCAGUCGUAUCGUCCCGAAUGGGGAGGACCUGAGACUCGGGAGUGCUUGUGGAUCAUUAGCCCGAAGACAGAUACCGCAAAAGGCGAUUAUAUCAUCCGAUUGGAAGUCGAAAAGUCCGAAACGAAACGCGUGUAUCGGGCUGUGGAUGUUUGGCGGAUAUUCGAUGUCUAUUUUCCAUGUGGUCCCUUGCUUGUUAGACACUUGAAACAUUCUCGCAGUUUUGACACGAAAAAAAUUGAUCACGAAUCCGAUUUUGAACACUUACAAACCUGCCUGUGUGCGACAAACGGGAAAAUGCAUCUGUCGGGUUUCGAUUCAUGGUCCCUGCAGUUCGGAAAUAAUUGCCACGCGAAACAAGCCAUUUACAUCUAUGGGGGUUUGAGGGAACAGAAGAAAAAUGGCGAUUUCGAUCGCGUGUUUGAUGAUUUUUGGAAAUUUAGUCUCCAAACGCAACGAUGGGAGGUUGUCGAAGUGCAAGGAAGUCUCAAACCGCCUCCGUUGUGUCUUCACACGAUGACUUUGGUGAAAGAUGCGGACAAAGAUUACUUAGUUUUGAUCGGAGGACUGUCUUUUACGCAUGGAUUUAAUCAAGAUGUGUGGCUUUUUAAUAUGACGUCGUCGAAAUGGCAGAAAAUUGAAUGUAAAGGUGUUCUUUCGAGCAUUUUAUUCGGGCACAGUACCGUAAACCAUCAAAUUUCUCGUUCCCUCUACGUUUAUGGCGGAUAUCGCAUCGAAGAAAAUAAAACAGUGAUGUCAAACAAGCUUUUUGCUUUAAAUUACGAAACUUCAACAUGGACUGAGCUUCCUCCGUUUCACGAAUUAAAUCGCCCGGGCGAGUUAAAGGGACGUUUUGGGCAUUCCGCUGUCACAACAGACACGUACAUGGUAAUUUACGGCGGAAAAACAUCCGGAAACAGCAGUGCGGAUAUCCUAAUCGCGUACAAUUACAACUGCAACCAUUGGAUUCGAUUGACGGAAGACACCGACAUCAUUGGCGAAAUUCCGACAAGCACUUAUGCUCAUGCGAUGACGAUCGAUGCGGAUUCCUCCUCGAUUUACGUCGUUGGCGGUUGGGAUGGAAGUAUCAAUGCACGAGUUGUGAAAAUUAACAUUCCCGUGGAUAUUUGUUCGUUAUGGAGUCGAAGCAAGUCAAGUUGUCGCCAUUAUAUGGGAUGCAGUUAUUGCGCGAUUAAGCCGUUGACGGAAUUCGGAUCGCAUUGUUAUUCUUCGGGAAAUUCGGGAGUUUGUAGUGUCACGAAUGACAGUAAUGCGUUGAUUGCGUACAAUUCGGGGGCAAGUUGUGACUUGGAAUGGAUCGAAAGGAGGAAUUGUUCGUCUUUUACGACUUGUAGCGAGUGUCUUGCGACGUGGCCUGUUCAUUCGGCGAAUGGAGAAGCUUCGCAGGUUUGUCAGUGGUUUGAAAGUGUCGAUGGCGCAGGCAGCAAAUGUGUUAGUACGAGUUUGAUUAAUUGCACGGGAACGAAAUGCGGGACAAAUCCUGUUACGAAGGUCGAUCAAUGCCCAAGUCUCCAAUGCAUAGCAAACGAUUGCGCUUCUUGCAACUCCCAAAAAGACUGCGUUUGGGCUUCUGACGGGCAUUCUCAGCAAUGCAUCAACGCCUCAACUCCUUAUUUCAAACGAAAACUUGACGUCAUGACAAGUUGCCCCGCCAAAUGUGACGUCAACAAAAAUUGCAGCGCUUGUCUUACCGCAUUGAGCUCCGAAGGCGGUUACGACGAUUGUCAUUGGAGCACGGAACUCGGAGUUUGCAUGUCUCAAAGUUACCAACCCGUGAUUUGCGCCGGCGGCUUAUGCGGUUUAGUCCUAACGCCCGAAGAAAAAGAUUACUGCCCCGAGUCGUGUGAGGCUUUUGAUCAGUGUCAAACGUGUUUACGACACGCACAUUGUGGUUGGUGCGCCAAAGAAGGCACGGAAGGCGAAGGAUUGUGCACGCAAGGCUCAAUGGCAGAACAUCCGGCAAAAUCUACGUGCGAUUUGUUGUUUGCCGCAACGAAAAAUGUCACUUUGAAGGAAUCUGAUCGCUUUUCGUGGAAUUACGUAAAAUGCCCGCCGGAGAAUGAGUGCGAAAAUGGUCAUCAUAAUUGCAAUCCGGAGUCGGAGCAAUGUUUCGACUUGAAUUACGGCUACAAAUGCAACUGCAAGGAAGGUUUUAAGACGGAAAAUGGGAAAUGCAAGCCGAUUUGUCGUGAGGGAUGCGUUCGGGGCGUUUGUACGGCGCCAGAUGUGUGUCAAUGCGACUUUGGAUAUGUCGGCGUGAAUUGCACAAUUCAGUGUAAUUGCAAUGGAAACGCGAAUUGCAAAGGUCCCGACAAGUUAGACGAGUGCGGAGAGUGUCACAACAACACAAUGGGCUCUCAAUGCGAAAAAUGUCAAAAAUGGUUCGUGAAAAAUGAGCGAAACGAGUGCGUUCCAUGCUUGGAAUACUGUCACGGGCACACAGAUAUCUGCGUUCAACAAGACAUGGCAUUUACUUUUCGUAAUUUGACACGAGAUGAGAUCGAUCAACGCUUGACGGAAGGAGUUCAGAGCGAUGCGGUUUGUUUGGAGUGCAAAAAUCAAACUGAUGGACCGAGAUGUUCAAGUUGCAUUCCCGGAUAUUUUAGAGGAACAAUGUCAAACAACGAUGGAUGCAGGCCUUGUCAAUGUCACGGGCAUGGCGAUAUGUGUGAUCCUGUCACAGGGGAAAAAUGCAAUUGCGCGAAUAACACGGAGAGCGAUUUGACAUGCACGAAUGCGAAAAUGCACAAAAAUUCUGUCCAUCCAUGUUGGGAUGUGCAAUGUUCGAAGUGUAGAGACUCGUAUCAAGGACAUCCAACGCAUGGGCAUCAAUGUUACAAGCAGAUAACGGUCGAUAGUAAAAUGUGUUUUGAUGCGAAGACGAUUGAUGAAUGCAAAGUCAAGCCUCGUGCAUUAAAUCCCGGCGAAACUGUCUUCUUCGUCAUUCAACCUCGUUACACAAAUCUCGAUAUUCGCAUCAUCAUCGAUGUCACUCAAGGCGAACUCGAUCUUUUCAUGAGUCCUCAAGACGAUUCUUUUGUCGUCGAAUCCAACAAAUCUUCCGGUUUCCACGAAAUUUAUUUGGAUCAUCAAUAUCGAUGGAGCAUCGAAGAUCUCGACGACGGCGAACUUUUCAUGCCAAUUCAGUUCAGUCCCGAACGCAACAAAUACAAAAAUUAUUCCGACGAGGAACGAUUUUUCGUGAGUCCCAAUUCCGAUUGCAAGGCGAAAAACGACGGAUUUUCCGUGAAAGAUUAUUUCGUGCGCGAAUUGUGUUCUUACGUGACCCUCACGCAAUGCAACACUUUGAUGCGAGUGUUUGGCUUGAAGAAUCGUCUUGUCGUGACACUGCCUCAGAGCAUUCAUAAUCUCAGUACGACGCGAUUUUUCAUCGUAAUUCGUGCCGUGGGAACGCAAACUGCCAGUUACGGUUUGAUCUUUUUCCGUCAAGAUCAGCUACAUAUCGAUCUCUUUGUCUUCUUUUCCGUGUUCUUUUCGUGUUUUUUCCUCUUUCUCGCCAUUUGUGUCGUGGCAUGGAAGUUUAAGCAAGCUGCCGAUAUGCGACGUGCUCGGCGACGACACAACAUCGAACUGAUUCACAUGGCGCAACGUCCUUUUUCGUGCAUCGAUUUGCAUUUGGGACCCGAUUUGACGCCCGUAACGCAUCGAAGGCGCAAAUCUCGUUCGGCAUCGUCGUCAACGCAUCACGGCUCGUCGAUAACGCAACAACACGCUCACACCUUUGCUCAAGAAUUUUGCAGUGACGGACAUGCCGCCGUUGCUACCGUAUUUAUUCGUCUUCCGGGGCGUCAAAAAGCCCCCAUCAACUUGUCGAUGGGCAGCACGUUGAUAUCGACGAGCAAUUCGCGACGCUGCAAACGAGCCGUGGUCGCAAAUCAGCAACAAGCACAACAAAAUUUGUAAAGAAAUCCGUCUUAACGAGACAACCGCCCAUCCAAUCCAGUGCAAUUCAUGUAAGAAAACACAAACUAGAUGUACAAAAAUGUUGAUCAAUGUAAAUUUAAAUGUAUAAAGGAAUCUCAGAGAAGUUGUAGAAAUACUAAACUUACAAAAAAAUAACUUGAAAUGUUAAAAAAACUCUUUUUUGUAUUAAGAGAAGAUAUAUCAUUAGAACACUUAAAGAAAUUUGUGAUGAAUUCUCGUUUAAAAAAAUGUAAAUAAUUUAAUUUAAUUUUAUUUCAACGACUGCAUCGAAU